AUGCCUAGGUACUCUCCAUGGGAAGAAAAAGGACGAACCUUACGGAAAUGGAUGGAACGCUACCACGAACUAGGGUGCCCAUACCCUAUGUCCACAUUUUCAGUGACAUAUAACCCCCAACCCAGGGAGUAUUCCGUCGCCCACAAAGCUGUAUGCCUAGAUCCAUUAUGGGGCAAAUGGAUCCACCCUCUUGCUCUACCAAUCGAGCUUAACAAGAUAGAAAUCGAGAAUCGACAAGGUCCACCGGUGGGCUGGGAGGGACGCACUGGACAAGGGGUGGUGUUCCUUGACUGGAUCCGCCGAUCAAGGCGAAGCACUGCUCCCCAUAUGUCGGAAUUUACCAAGGCUGCGUAUGAGAUGGAUUUUCCGCUUGAAAGCCUUAGAUACGUAUUUGUGACUGAUAUUUUCGAAACUGACACCGUGGAAUGUAUUCGUGAUGAGGUGUAUAAAUCCGAAGGACUUCCGUACCCUUCCAGCGAACAGAAGAUCUGGACUUCCUCGCACGAGUUUGAUGCUCUGUUGGGUACUACAAUGGGUAAGAUUGUUGCGGCUUUUGUUCUGUGUGCCUGGGGCCAAGGUAGGAAGCGAAUUGCAAGGAUCGUUACUUUUCACGAUGGUAAAUACCUUCAACGUCUGAACAUGCGGUUUGAUAUUGAAGACAUUUGA